AUGGCCCAGUCCGGAGCCUCCGCGAACUCGGAGUCCAAGACCUUGCUCAAGCCAACUCCUAGGAGCCUGCGGGGCGCUCCGCAACUCCGUCCGUCCUUAGGGAACACCACUACCCUGGGCAGGUACUGGGGCCACGCCGCCGCUGUUUCCCGGGAGUCCUCCUUUCAGGGUUCACUGAUGCUUCCCGGAGCCAGCUUCGCGCGCCGGCGAGAAACACUACGAGAACUGCUGGGGCUGCAGAGGAUGGCUGCUCCCUCCAGGUGGCUAUCGGUGGGGCACGCGAAGGAGCCAUCCCCGCGUGGGUCUGGUGGGCUGAACGGCUCUAGUGGUGGCGGAUUGUUGCUGGAGCCGCGAGAGCACGCGUGGAUCCUGGCAGCCGCCGAGGGUCGUUUUGAAGUGCUGCAGGAGCUGCUGGAGGCUGAGCCCCGGCUGCUGCUGCGGGGCGAUCCGAUCACCGGCUACACCUUGCUGCACUGGCUGGCCAAACACGGCUACCACGAAGAAAUGAUUUUGGUAUAUGAUUUUGCCAAACGCCAGGGACUGCCGCUUGACGUGAGCGCUACCGGCAGCGGUGGCUUCACACCGCUCCACCUGGCGGCUCUGCAGGGCCACGACAUGGUCAUCAAAGUGCUGGUAGGCGCCCUAGGUGCUGACCCCACGCGCCGUGACCAUAGUGGCCACCGAGCCUGCCACUACUUGCGGCCUGACGCCCCUCAGAAGCUUCGGGAGCUGUCGGGGGCCGAGGAUUGGGAGACCGAACAAGAAAAGAAGCGUGAUCACAACGCCGGCCACAACAGCAGCAAUACUACAUCGGGGUGGAUGCUCAAACGAACCCUGAGCAUGCCUGCAGCAUCGACGUCGACUAGAGCGGUGGCGGACACAGAGACCGAGGCAGAGGCGACGGCAGCAGCGGCACCGACAGCAUCGAUGGCACCGACAACUACGUCCAAAAAAAAGAAGACCACAGGCAGCCAGGAGACGUAUAUGAAUAGAUUUUUACGCCAUUUGUUCCCUUUCUUCCAGGAUCGCUGA